CAUUCACUAGAGUGGUCAUCGGCCGCCUCUUCAGCCUUAAACCUCAAAUUCCCGAAACAUCUUCAAGCCAAGCCGAGCCGCAUCAACUUUUCUAGAAAUCCGAGAGACUCAUCUCGCUGUCUUGGUUCUAUCCUUCUGUUCUCUCUUGCCAACACAACAUCAUAUACGAUGGAGAGCGCAGCGGCUCCUCAGCAGCCUGCCGCCUCGGCUGCAGGCACUGAAGCUUCGAGGCCCGCUCAUUCACCAGAAACCACCCGUCGCAUAGAAGAAUCCCGACUACGCUCCAAAGCCCUCCGCGACCAACGCGAAGCCGACCAGCGCGCAUCCGGCAACGGCCCCCGCCCGCAGCCCAGGACGUCUUCCGGCCUAGUCGCCACGGACGACAUCCAGCUGACCGGGCCGGCGGGGCGCAAGCGGGCGCGCGAGGACGACUCGGCCGCGACGAGGCCGACGACGAGGUUGGCCAGCAAGCGCGAUGCCAGCGCCCCAGACGCGGGCGAGCAGCAACAGCUGCGGCCGGCGCCCAGCUUCGCAAAGUACGUCGACUACAACUUCAGCGCCAUGACGGACACCAAGGGCGGGUUCCUCAGCGCCGAGGACGACCCGUGGAAUAAGUCGAUGGCGGCCGGGGGGGACGGGCAGGGGGCGGCGGCGCCGGUGACGGAGUGGAAGCCCGACCACAUGACGGCGGCCGAGUGGGAGAGGAUGCAGCUGCUGCGGAAGCUGCGGAGGCAGAAGGCCGGGCCCUUUGAGCCCGGGCUGAGCGUGCUGGCGGACGAGGAGACGAGGAAGAAGUGCCGCGAGUGCGGGGGCCUGGAGAUCGACUGGGUGUGGGAGGAGGUUUUUGGGUGCUGCGUGUGUGGGCGGUGCAAGGAGAAGUUUCCGGAGAAGUAUAGCCUCCUCACCAAGACGGAGUGCAAGGAGGAUUACCUCUUGACGGACCCCGAACUCAAAGACGCCGAGCUGCUGCCGCACCUCUCGCGGCCGAACCCGCACAAGUCGCACUGGCACGACAUGAUGCUGUUUCUACGCUACCAGGUGGAGGAAUACGCGCUCAAGCACAAAUGGGGGUCCACCGAAGCACUGGACGCCGAGUUCGAACGGCGGGAGGCGGACAAGAAGCGGCGGAAAGAGGCAAAGUUCAAGGAGAAGCUCCUCGAUUUGAAGCGGAAGACGAGGACAGAGUCAUACAGGCGGAAUGCGGGAGGCGGCGGCGGGUCUCGGGGGGCGGCCCGAGCUACAAAGUUUGGGGAUGCAAUAGGUGGGGGGGGUAAGCAUGUCCAUGACUGGGGUCGGACGGUGGAGAACGAGGAAGGGAUGACGGUGAAGACUUGCUUGAGUUGUGGGAUGGAGGUUGAGGAGCUGGAAUUCUAGCGUUGAGUCUGUCCGAUGUAGUGUAGUUAUGCUGCGGAAUGCAUGGAAGCCAUUGUGGAAAUGCCAUCCUGGAUUUCCAGAGGUACCUAGCUAAGUACCUACGUAGAGGACGGACUUUGUUGGGACCCCUGUCAUCUACAGCCCCUGAGAUUGCUGAGAACCCUCGG